AUGUCAGAAAGGUCCGAAGAUUCCCCGACUCCUGGCUUCACUGUUGAAGACCUCAUCAACAGAGCUCAGAAGGGAGCUCCAUACUACCUAGACGAACCUAAAAAGGCCUCCUUUCGACAGAAACCAAUCGGAAAUAUUCAAGAGCGUUUCCCAGAGAACCUUCGUGACCAGUUUCGAGAGCGAUAUCGAAAUGAUUUUCACUGCAACUUCCAACACCAGGCCGAACGACAGUUCGAAGAAGCAUUCCUCAAGAAGGAAAAGACCCUUACUCCGGAGGAAGAAAGCCUCAGCUCGGACGAUGCUUCUAGUGAAGCCAGUAUUCCCAGCAUAGAAACAAUCCCUGACCCGGUCAGCUACACACCUAGCCCAGAAAGAAUACCUACUCCAGUUAUUGCUCCCGGCCUCAUCAGCAGUACAGAUCCGAACAUCGACUCAUGCCUGGCCAACAUAUCAAACUCGACUCCGAUGGCUCCUAAAACAAACCCACGAUCUGACCCAUGGAUCGGAGGACACUUACCACUGUUUGAACAAGGUUACAGUGGACCUCGCCGCGACGGGCAAAUUCCAGACGCUAUUUGGCGCAGGUUCGACGAGUUCCAAGCCGGCGGACACUUUGACCCGGCUCCAGUUAACGAAAAUCCCAUCGCUGAAACUCCCAUCACCGAAAUCCCUCUCACUCACUCCCAAAUGUGGGAUCAAGGGAUUGCGAACAAAAUCUUUCAAGAUUAUAUUUCUCAAUGUGAGGAAAACCCUAGCGUAAUCCUCAAAGAUAUGGGUAUGGGCGAGGGCUUCCAGCCAUCCGCCACGGGGGAAGAUUCUGAGCUCCCGGACUUAUCUUAUCCUGAUCUCGACUCUCGUAAUGAAGAAUCAUAUCAAGAUGCCCGUGAGUAUCUAUCUCCGAUGCCUGGGGUCGGUGAGCAUCAAACUAGCAAUUUCAUUGACCUUACGAAAGGUUCGCCGGCCGUAACCCAAACGGCGAGCUACAACAGCGAGAUCGAUCGAGUAGUCGAGCGAGCAAUAGAGAUGUUCUUCGAAAAAGAGCCACGCUUCAUCUCUGGAGCUUCUCUAGUCCCCCCUAAGAUGACUUUCGUACCUAGUUCCAGCCAAAAUCUAACGACGGAAGACGACUAUGAGAGAGACGUUGAGAUGAUAUCGCCCGAAGGACCUGAGUCCGAAUUUCCAUACCCAGAUCAGCAAGCGGCUUCUGUGAUUUUCAAAGGAAUUUACAAUAAGUCUGCAAAGGAUGCGAAAAUGUUACCUGAUAUUUUUGUACACCCGAGAGAAUAUCUCAUCAACUCAUCUCAACUUCCUCCAAGCAAGGUCAAUCCCUUACCGAUUGUAAUCAGUGACCAUAGUGCUAGCAAUGAGGCUGUUGGUACCAACGAGACCAGGAGUGAGUUACCGCCGGGACGCAAGAUAAUUACCCUCAAGGUUGGCCCCGAAAAACUUCAAGAGAACAAGGGGGAUUCCAAGGUUACCUUCAAGAGGGUUGUCGAAUAUCGAAAAGAAAUCCGAGGGAUGCAGAGAGACGGAAGAUUCAAAGACGGGGAUGAGGUCGAUCUGGUUAAGAUGGAAGUCAAGUUCCCCGAAUUACAGGAACUUGUGGAUAAUAUCUGGAGAAGAAUGAAGGCUUGCUUAAUUCUACACGAAGAUCUAUUCUACGGCGUUGUUGGAUUCAGCCGCUGGUCUGUGGAGGGACGUUGUCAGGACCCCGAACUCUUCGACAUGUUGAUGUGCUUCAACCGCAUUGCCCAUGAAUGUCAAAAAGAGGAGUCUACCUUAACACUCCUAGACAUUGUUCAGGAAUACACAACUCCGGAGAGACGAGUCGACUGUCACGAAUUCUCCACCCAAGUCUUCCCUCUCCCAAUCAGAUUCUUCACUACAGACCAACUAGAGGUCGAAGAUCCCAAUCAAUCCUCCAGCUCCGAAAAUUCAGAUAACGACGAUAACAACGGCAGUAAGAAGCGCAAGCACAAAACCGCCAGUCGCCUCUCUAAACCAAAAGUUGCCGCCUUGAGUUUUAUGGGCAAAGUCGCCGUUCGCUUCAACCGUUCGAACGGAGAGUUCUGCUUCUCUGGUUUGUACCAUCUAGUUAAGUUCGGUGGACGCCCACAAAGUGAUAUUGACUUUCAUAAACAUCAAAAGAAUGGGAGUCCGUUUGCACCUGGAUCUGGAGGGACGGGAUCUAGUCUUCGAUACCAACGAUACGGAGGCUCGUCAACUAGGUCUAGACUUGGUCUAUGA